AUGCAAGAAACGUAAUUAUACAGAAAAUCUGCAAAUCAUUUUAAUGUUAGUAAUUCUCUUUAAUUACUAUAUUGUUUUACUAAAAUUAUUGUUGGAAUAUACUUAACUGUGAUAUCAUUAUAAUGUAAUAGCAACUCAUUUUCUGAAUACUACUAUGGAAAUCCAUUACAUAAAUGGAUUAUAUGGAUAGUGCUUCAUUCCCUUUUUAAUACAUUGUUGUAUUUUAAUUAGAUAGUUUAUUUGAAUGUAGAAGAAAAUCGAAGAAACUUAGCAUUAAAAUUAGAUUAAAUAAGAGUUUAGGAAGAAUAAUUUUAAGCUCAUUUUAUAGAGGAUUCUAAACAAAUUAGUAUUUUAACAAGAUAAAUCAAAUAUGAAGUUUAAAAAUCAGUUUGUUGUGGCAAAUUUUAUAGUCGAUUAUUAGGUGUGAUAUAUUAAUUACUCUUUAUAAGUGGAUUAGUAUUAUUUUUAUCUUAGGAAACAACUAGAGUAGGAUGUGAAUAUUAUCAAUACUAUUUUUUGUGCACAAUCCUUAUACUCUCCAUAUACUAAUACAUAGAUUUAUAUAUUAUUGCAUUAUUUUGCAUAAUAUUUUCUCCAUUUUUAGUUUUGUUUCUGAUAUAUUAUUGUGUUUCAUUGUAAGUUGUAAAAAAUAGAUUUUUAGAUGCACUAAAUAACAACAAAGAAGAGAGGCAAUGGAAAGAUUAAAUAUUUAAAGAUAUAAACCAAAUUGUGUAGAAGGUGAUCCAGAAUGUACAAUAUGUAGAUGUGCAUAUGAAUUAGGAGAAAAUAUACUUACAUUAACUUGUAGUAAGUUUCAUCAUUUUCAUGAAUCAUGCAUAAUGGUAAAUUGUUACGAUAUAAAUAUAUUAGAGUUGGAUGAAUGUAAAUUCAACAUGUCCAUUAUGUAGAAAAGCCAUUUGAA